AUGAGCGACCACAAAGACAACUCCUGGCAAGCAAAAGCCGCCGCAAAGAGAGCAGCCGAGCUCGCAAAGAUCCCUCACGCCUGGCGACUCUCUGCCCAAUACCUCAAGAGCGACGAGACAUCCAGCGACAACGUCCUCGACAUUCCCGCCAAAUGCGGCAUCCUGACCCCGGAAGAGCUUCAGAUCACGCAGAACUUCGAUGCCGUCUCUCUGGCCAAAGUCGUCUCCAAUGGCCCACUCAGAUCUGAAGACGUAGCAAUUGCGUUCUGCAAGAGAGCAUCGAUAGCUCAACAGCUUCUGAACUGCCUCACCGAGACGCUCUUCGACGAUGCUAUUGCACGUGGGAAGUGGCUGGAUCAGUAUCUCGUCGAUCAUGGCAGACCAGUGGGUCCAUUGCAUGGAGUGCCCGUCAGUAUCAAGGACUGCUUUCACUAUACUGGCGUUCAGUCUACGCUUGGUUUCGUAUCGUACUUGGAUCAGCCAAAGCCUGCGACGAAUUCGUAUUUGGUCGACGUCUUGCUCGAGCUCGGAGCCAUCUUGUAUUGCAAGACAAACAUACCCUUGACCAUGAUGACAGCAGAUUCCCACAACAACGUCUUCGGCCGGACCCUCAAUCCCCAUCGUCUGAACUUGGGGGCCGGCGGUAGCAGUGGUGGCGAGGGUGCUUUAGUAGCCAUUCGUGGAUCUGUCAUUGGUAUUGGCACAGACAUGGUGGCAGUGUCCGUAUUCCAGCGCUUUGCAAUGGGACUUACGGGUUCAAGCCAACGCCGGGUCGCAUACCACUGGGAAAUGGAGCCUGCAUGUGCGGGACCAUUGGCCAACUCAUUCGAAGACCUUGAGUUGUUGACACGUUCGGUGAUCGAUGCGAAGCCGUGGAACAAAGAUUCUUCGGCGAUUGCGUAUCCUUGGAGAGCGGAUGCUGCGAGCACCCAGCCAACGAAGCUACGGGUCGGGUACUUUGUAGAAGACGCCGAGUUUCCAAUCCAUCCACCUGUGCGGCGAGCACUCGAAGCUACCGCAAAGGCAUUAGCAGCAGCCGGUCACGAAAUCAUCCCGCUGAACAACAUCCCCUCACUCAGAGAAGCCGGCGAAAUCGCUACCGACUACUGGUCACUCGAUAACACGAAAGUAUGGCUACAGAACAUUCAAGCUGGUAGCGAGCCUAUCAUCCCUUCUCUGCAACGACAUGUGUGGACAAUCGCGAAGGAGAAGGAAGGAGGUUACACUCUGGACGAUGUCUUCGACAUCAACACUGCCGCCGGCGCCUACAAGGACCAAUGGCAUGCGCUGUGGUCAGCAAAUAAGCUUGACGUUAUCUUGUGCCCCGGCGCACAGACUACGGCUGUGCCGCAUGAUACGUAUGGUAUGCCGUGGUAUACAGUAGUGUGGAACUUACUGCAGCCGGGUGUCAUCAUCCCAGCUGGCAAGGCGGAUAAGGCUAUUGACAAGGACGAUCUGGCAGUGGAAGAUCCGAACCGACCAUAUCGAGCGGAAGACGUGCAUGGUGCACCAACAUCCAUCCAGCUAGUGACCCGCCCAUUCGAGGACGAGGAGCUCAUCUCAGCUGCGCGAGUGAUUGAUCAAUGUCUCAAGAUUGCCGAUCGCAGGGUAUCGCCCUUAUGA